AUCGAGACAAGGAGAAGACAAUUUGACGUGCACAACGAAACACAAGUGGAUGCAGCAUUUCAAUCAGGCUUUAAUCUCAGGAGACCUCGGGAAGAAAACAGAGCACAGACAGUUACAGGAAACUCCUCGCCAACACUCUUUCAACAAACAAGAGCAUCGCAACAUGUCACGUCCCCUCAGAGACGCAGAUUCUGGUGGAAGGCCCAGAGUCAGGCUGCCCGGACGGAUGUACAGAGCACAGGAAGCCAGUCGGACUGUUUCUCAACAGAUUACUGCUGCCAGUCAAGACACAUCGACCAGGAAACGGAGGCUUCUCCGCGUGCACAUGGGCAACUUAUUACAUGUCCGUUGGCUCCUCAGACACAGGAGGCCUCCCGACCUUCCUCUGCUGAGUUCACCACAUCACAAAUGGGAGGCUCCUCAAAACCUGACAUCCCGUCACAAAAACAUCCAUUCGAUCAGAGGCAAUUUCAUGGGAUAAAUAAAAACCACAAAGAGGUGAACCUUGGUGACAUGUGGCUGAAUCAGACAGAUAUUUUUGCACUGCCUGAUCACCACAGUGUGCACAAAAAGCUACUAGAAUAUCCCCCAGAGAAAUGCGCUGUAAGCUGGCCUCCCCCUGUGGCUCACUGUCCAUUCAACCCAAACAGCUCUGGCAUCGGUUCAAAGGGGGUCUUUGACCUGCCAUCCCAGCCACAGUGCAGAGUUUACCAGAGACCAGAAGGGACAACAGCAACAGCAGCCUGCCCUCCUGCAAACCAAGUGGAUUACCCUCAUGCAAGCAGAGCUUUUAUCAUGGAGGAACCAGAGGACCCCUAUUACGUCACCAUGUAUUACCCAGGCUCAGUGUAUGUGGACAUGUCAGACGUAGUUCCUCCAGAAGUGAGACCCAAACCAGUCGUCCCUGCCAAGCCCCCAAAUGUGGGUGCUCCGUCGCCCUCCAGCCCCUACCCGCCGCAAGGGCCAGGCAUCGGAGGUGGCUGUGCUCCUCCUCCGAGCGCUAUUCCAGUCCCAAUCGGGAGUCACGGCCAGGGCCAUGUAGCCAAUCAUGGUAUUGGUCAUGGUGUGGGCCACGGUGGAGGUCACGCUGCGGCACACGGCGGAGGUCAUGGCCUUGCUGGCUCCCACAGCUCCGUUGGGGGGUCCACUCUACUGGGGUACAUUGGCAUUGACACCAUCAUUGAGCAGAUGAGGAAGAAAACCAUGAAGGCAGGCUUUGACUUCAAUAUCAUGGUAGUCGGUAACAGUGGUUUGGGAAAGUCAACUCUUGUGAACACCCUGUUCAAGUCCCAGGUGAGCAGGAGGAGUGCAGGAUGGUCCCGCGAUGACAAGAUCCCCAAAACUGUGGAGAUCAAAUUGAUGUCUCAUGUCAUCGAGGAGGGUGGUGUGAAGAUGAAGCUGACAAUCGUUGACACCCCAGGCUUUGGAGACCAAAUCAACAACGACAACUGCUGGGAGCCCAUUUCCAAGUACAUCAAUGAGCAGUAUGAGAAGUUCCUGAAGGAGGAGGUCAACAUCACCAGGAAAAAGCGCAUCCCUGACACCAGGGUGCACUGCUGUCUCUACUUCAUCUCCCCAACUGGACACUCUCUUCGGCAGCUGGACACCGAGUUCAUGAAGCGCCUGAGUCACUCGGUCAACAUUAUCCCUAUCAUCGCCAAAGCAGACACGAUGACCAUCGAGGAGAGGCAGGAUUUCAAACAGCGUGUGAAAAAGGAGUUGGAGAUGGGCGGGAUCGAGUUUUACCCACAGAAAGAGUUUGAUGAGGACAUGGAGGACAAGAGUGACAAUGACAAGAUCAGAGAGGCGAUGCCCUUCGCUGUGGUCGGCAGUGACAAAGAAUAUCAAGUGAAUGGCAAACGGGUUCUGGGGAGGAAGACAGCGUGGGGAAUCGUGGAAGUUGAGAAUUCCAACCAUUGUGAGUUUGCUCAACUGAGAGAUUUCCUGAUCAGGUCCCACCUCCAGGAUUUGAAGGAGGUCACUCAUAACAUUCACUAUGAAACUUACCGUGCCAAGAGACUGAACGAGAACGGAGGCCUGCCCCCCAUAUCCUCCAACGACACACAGGAAAGCAACCUGUAGUCAGUCAGUCAGUCAGUCAAGUGAAAACAGUGCAAUGAAGCUGAUAGAUGAAUCUACAGAAUAUUAUCUCUACACAGAUCUGUAAAGAUUUGUGUCAUUUAAUUGUAAUUUUUUUUAAUGAUUCAAACUACAACCAUCCUUUAAUCCACUUUCCUCUGACAUCCUCCUGAGAGAUAAGCGUAUGAAAGCCCUUCCGUUACAUUUCAGAUUCAUUCCCCUGAAGAUUUGGAUGAAAGGACAGUCCCACCCAGAGACUUAGUGCCAUUACCAAAUUAACAUCUUAUCUACUGCCAAUGCCUUGACAUUCAUCGUUGUCCAGGGAGCAUGAGCUUACAAAGUGCCAUGAUACUAUGUGUAUAAGAGGCUUUUUUUAAGGUUAAGUGUUGUGCACCAACUGAUGUUCGAAUUCAGACAAAUGAACUCAUAUGCUAUAUAUAUAUAUAUAUAUAUAUAUAUAUAUAUAUAUAUAUAUAUAUAUAUAUAUAUAUAUAUGUGUGUGUGUGUAUAUAUAUAUACAUAUAAAAUAAUCAUUCCUGUACAGUAGUGAUGCAUGAUGCUGUCGACUUUCUUCUUUCAAAUUCUUAUCAGCCACUAUUCAUUUGAAGAAAGAAACCCUGUGGCGUUGCUGUCAGCAGGACUUAACAAACAUCACAAGCCCUGCUGUCUCACUCUAUACUCACACUCACAAAGAAAACAAAUCAAUCGUCUCUAAUGAAAGUUUCCCUCGCUCCGUUUAAGUUUGUUUUUUCCAUUUUUUAAAAAUAGCAUGUGCAGACCUGCAUAAUACGAUCAGAGACAACUGCAAAAUGUCUGUGGGCAGCAGUGGGUGCGUAAUGUAAGACUCCACAGGGUGCAUGACUGAGCGUACUCCAGAUUCUGUGAUUGCAUGAUUCACCACAAUAGGCCAGAACUCAGAGUGAAUAGUUUGGGACAGUAAAGCUCAGCAUGUUUCGUUACACCACAGUGGGUUCAGAGGAAAAUAGAGACGUGCAUUUAUAAUAUAUUUAAUUAUGAUUUAAUUCUUAAAUGCUUCGUCUGUAGUCAGAUUAACUAGAAUUACCUAUUCUACCCUUUAUAUGGACAACAUGCACCCAGUUUUAAUGUCAAUCUAAAAGCCUGCAGUGUUUGGUUUAAAAUGUAUUACUUUAUAGGAAUAAAAGAGUAGCAUGGCAAAUUAUGUCAGAAAAAAAUCAUCAAUUUCAUAUAUGAACUCACUCAACAGGAGUAAGUCGUAUAUUGUCUAAUUGAGUCUAUUCGUUGCUCAAGUUUCUUCAGUUUGCUAUUACGUGCCAUGAAACGUAUUUGUGAACACAGCAGAGCUCUGACUCAGAGAUGACAGUAUUUUUUGUUUGGUUUUGUAUUAAUAUCCGUUUGAAACUCCCUCUUGUUCACCACGUGGUGGCAGCACUCUGCCACAUAAAAGCAGUGACUCAACAGACCAAGGAACAGCUUUGUGUUCUUGUGAGAUUUUGAGGUGCAUUUAUUCAUAUUUAUGAAAUCAAGUCUCAGUUCCUGGUGACAUCUACAUAGUCCGGGUCCUCAGCUGCUGUCAGUGAUAACACACAUCAUUGUUUACAAGAAGCUUUAAACUUAUGCCCACAACGCAGUUGUAAUUAUUCCAAAAUCAUUGAAUUGAUUAAGUUGAAUACAUGUUAACCAUAUUCUCCCUCAACAUGAUGCCAAAACUACGAGUAAUUCAAUCUCAUUGAUACCUAUCAAUAUUUUUGUUUUGAGUCGUUACAUAAUUUUAUACAAUCAUACAUGUUUGUGCGAUUUUGAUAUGAAAUGUGAUUGUGUUGUCUGUGAUUUUAGUGCAGUGAGAGCAGUGAGAGAUUUGAAAGUGUUUAUGUGCAUGCUUGUAUUCAUGUUGCCUGUUUGUUCACAUAUCACUGCAACUUUACAUCAACUUAGCAACUAUUUCUGUGUUCUGAGUGUGAUGUGUACAUUAAAUUUCUAUACCACAAGGUAAAGCGCUGCUGUCUUAACUUGUGUAACUAAGCUGACGGCCCACUAUCCUCGUAUCACUCAUCCCUUUGAAGCAGUAGAACUUCACAUUGUCCUUUUAUUUAAUAACCACUUUCCUCAUAGUUGCUGUGACACAUUUCAAAAUAAUUUUUGGUGUUAUAUUAAGUUAUCUAUACAUUAAUGUUUUAUUGUUGUAAUUUAUCCUUUAUUUAAUAAAAGCACAUUUCCAUGUAUCUUUGAAAGAAAACAUUUUCAUGAAUACCUCAGUGAUUGAUUUUACAUGAUUAAUAGUACAAAUAUUACUAUCAUGCCUCCAAGAAACUCAAAUAAAUAUGUUUCCUAUAUUAUUAAUCUCAGUUUUGGAACUGUUGCAUACAUUUUAAUGUAUAUAUUAACAUUCCUGCAGGUAUAUCAUGAAUAAAAUUUAAUUGAAUUCAAGGGAAAAUCACUAAUUUCUGUGUAUGUAUGCUAUGCAAUGACAGCCAAUAAAAUAAGAUUACACUUUA